AUGCUCAACAAUGAGCAAACUACAGGUGAUUUAAGAUCGCCUCCUCGCCGGAGAAAUCCACCAAGAUACAGUUCUCAACAUUUCCGGCUUCAGGAUCCAAAUAGUGGAAAUGCUUGCAUCAAAUGUAUAUGUUGUUGUUACUGCUGCCUCUUCACUUUAACCUUCAUUCUCACUAUUGUUGUGUAUAUUCUUUAUGCCAUCUUUAAACCUGAGGUUCCCAAAUACAAUAUUGAGAAUUUUCAGGUGAAGUCCUUCAAUAUCCUUCCGAAUUUAAGCCUCAAUGCUGAAGCAACCGCGUUUGUUAAAGCUGAUAAUCCUAAUAGCCGUAUGGGAUUCGAAUAUGGCAAAGAGAGCUCGGUAAUGGUUAAUUACACUGACACAACUCUUUGUUCAGGCAAACUUCCUGCAUUUACUCAACCGAAGGAUAAUGUAACCAAAUUCACUGUUGCCUUGCGGGGGCACACAGAGGUUGGUUCAGAGCUUCAAGAAUCUCUAAUGGCAGCUAAGGAAGCAAGGAAAAUCCCUUUGUUAGUCUUGAUAAAAGCACCUAUUGUUGUUAUGCUUCGAUCAUUUCCACUGAAAGAAGUUGUAGCUAGUAUUAACUGCACUUUGGUUGUUGAUAACUUGGCGCCAGACAAGCCCAUUAAUAUCAUAUCCUCUAAGUAUAAUUAUGCUAUAUCAUUUUGA